AUGCCUCCCUUGCCAGGUGAUCCUCAUCCGAGUCGGCAGUCGGACAUCGACGGCUUGGGUUUGAGCCAUCCAGGAGUUGAAAGUCUCGAAACCAGCCAAGGAGAUGACCAUCCUUUCAAUGUCAUCCUUCGGAUGAAUGACUUCAAUGAGACGCAAGCUGACUUUUUGAAGCUUUCGGGUUACCCAUUGUAUGGAACUCACCCAAAUUUCGAUGCGCAAGUCAGGAAAGUUGCUCAGGAAUUCAAUCAGUUUCUCGACAAGUUAAUCACAUUACCUGCAAUACGUACAGAGGCACUGUUUUCCAAACUUAGAAUCUUGCUAGCUCAAGGAGAAUCAUAUGAGACUUUUAAAACC